AUGUCGCAUAUCAGCAUGGACACCUCGACCAGUAUCCACAGCAACCAGAAUGGCGUGAAUCUCGCAACGAGCAUGCUGAUUCAGGCGGCGUCCCACUGCGGGCUGUUCAGUUCCUGUGGGACCAACGACCGCGCCGCCCUCUCCAACCGCUGGCGUGAACCGAGAGGCUAUAAACGUUCACUUGCGGAAUCCAAUGAGACUGAGACCAAUCUGGCCGAGACCAUGAGUACCAAAUGCCGCAUUGAACCGCAGUCGGAGCUGCAGGAGGCACAAGCCAUUUUGGACAGAUUGGACAACACGAAUCCAUGGAAAGGGUACAUUGCUGCAAUGGCGCAGCAAACAGGCCAUGUCGAUCUCAAGCUUGUGCGAUGGGCGGACUCAAACCACUUUCCGUGGGACGCGUCUGUGUGCUCAACAGCCGCGCGUGUAGGACGUCUUGAUGUGCUGCAAUGGGCUCGCGCAAAUGGCUGUCCAUGGGACGAGUCCAUCUGCACCAUAGCAGCUGCGCUGGGCUAUCGUGAAACAUUAAAGUGGGCGCAGGAAAACGGCUGUCCAAUGAACCAACCUGUCUGCCAGGCCAUUCUUCGAAAAGGACUCUUUGGCAAUACUUCGGCACCUCGUCCAGUCAGUCCGAACUCAUACGUCGCCCAACAGAUUCGCAACAACACUCCUGCGAGCAACAGUGCAGUCUCUCAAUCUGCACGAGCACUUGUGGCAGGCUCUUCAGGCAGCUCCGCUGCUGCCAGUGUCUCGGCUGGAGAAGGGUCGAUGCUGAUCCCAGCUGGUCAAACAGAGCUCGGCGGGAACAAGACGUCCAAGGCGAGGUCGGAUGAUCGGUCUGUUCGUGAUAGCACUCCGCAACUCGUCGCCCCUGAACGGUUCGAUCCGGACUGGUACUCGAAAUACGCAAUCGACAAUCCCCAAUGCGUGCGUACCGCGCACUUGACCAAGGAUGAGCGGCAGAACAUCAAAGACGGCGACUUUUUCAUUUUCGAUUGGGAAGAAGUGACGAGGGUUCGAGACGGGCUGCCAUACCACAAAGGCUACACUUGUUGCAACGGACUUGUUGUAUACAAGUCUGUACAUCCCGGCGGCCUGUAUCGAACUGUGGCCAAGCGCCCCCCGUUUUUGAUUGUGUUCUACAGUCGUACAUCACCCUCGCAAAAACCUUCCUUCUCCCAAGCCCGCUUAGCAGCUGAGCAUCCAAUGAUAACUCAAGCGUUUGCGACUACUACAACGAUUCCGUUUGAAAGCCGCGGGGAGUCGGACAACAAGCGAUUCCGCUUUGAUGAUGACGAUGACGAGCCCAGCUCUCCGGGAAGCUCAAGCACGUUGGCUCCGGAGCUGGUCGACAAUACUCCUCGCCGAUCGAACUUGAGAAAAGCAUCCGUUGCCAUCUUGAAACAGUGGCUCUUGGAUCAUGUAUCCAAUCCCUACCCAACCGAUAUCGAGAAGGAUGCACUUGCACAAGCCACCGACCUCAAUGUGAGCCAAGUCAACAAUUGGUUUAUCAACGCUCGCCGUCGCAUUUUGCAACCUCUGCUGCUCGGCGAGUAA